CGCGUGGUGUGCGCGGCAGCCGUAUCUCCGUUUCAUUCUCACUGCCCCUCUUUGAGCACAGUGCGUGCUGCUGAUCGGUCGGGUUGCGUCUGCAGGAGCGGCGGUUCUCUUCUGCAUGUGUGGUUUGCGCGUGGACUGACCGAAUCAAAGACGAAAGCAGGCCAGCGCGAGCCAACAAGAAAGAACGAGAGGCAGCCCGCGAGCGCUCAGCUAGCAACCCGCACGUUACGCUGCGAGAAAUGAUUACGUCCGCACCGGGGAUCCUUCUGCUGCCGAUGCUAAUAUGUCUCCAGCACUGCAUUGACGUCCACGGUACGAGGACAGAAUGCGAGGCCAGCCAGUUUCAGUGUGGGAACGGUCGCUGCAUCCCGUCCGUCUGGCAGUGUGAUGGAGACGAGGACUGCGCCGAUGGCAGUGAUGAGAACUUCUGCGAGAGAAAGACUUGUGCGGAGGCGGACUUUGUGUGUCGCAACGGCCAAUGUGUCCCAAAACGGUGGCACUGUGAUGGGGAGCCAGACUGCGAGGAUGGGUCCGACGAGAGCGUAGAAAUCUGCCACAUGAGGACGUGUCGUGUGAAUGAGUUUAGCUGCGGAGCGGGCUCCACUCAGUGUAUCCCCGUCUUCUGGAAAUGUGACGGAGAGAAGGACUGUGACAACGGAGAGGACGAGGUCAACUGUGGCAACAUCACCUGUGCCCCGAACGAGUUCACAUGCGCCAGCGGCCGCUGCAUCUCCCGUAACUUUGUGUGUAACGGCGAGGACGACUGUGGCGACGGCUCCGACGAGGUGGCGUGCGCUCCGUCCUCCUGCGGUCCCAGUGAGUUCCAGUGUGGAAACUCAUCGUGUAUCCCGGCCAGCUGGGUGUGUGAUGACGACGUUGACUGCCAGGACCAGUCAGACGAGUCGCCGUCUCGUUGUGGCCGUCACCCGACGCCGCCGGCCAAGUGUUCGUCCAGUGAGAUGCAGUGCCGCUCAGGAGAGUGUAUUCACAAGAAGUGGAGGUGUGAUGGAGACCCCGACUGCAAGGACGGCAGCGACGAAGCCAACUGUCCUGUACGCACUUGUGGAACGGAUCAGUUCAAAUGUGACGAUGGGAACUGUAUCCUGGGCAACAGACAGUGCAACGGCUUCAGAGACUGCGCCGAUGGAUCAGACGAAGUCAACUGCAAAAACAUGACCCAGUGCAACGGACCAGAGAAGUUCAAGUGUCGCAGCGGGGAGUGUAUCGAAAUGAGCAAAGUGUGCAACAAGGCCCGAGACUGUCCUGACUGGAGCGAUGAACCCAUCAAGGAAUGCAAUCUAAACGAGUGUCUCCUGAACAACGGCGGCUGCUCUCACAUCUGCAAGGACAUGGUGAUUGGCUUUGAGUGUGACUGCACACCUGGACUUCAGCUCAUAGACCACAAGACCUGUGGAGACAUCAAUGAGUGUCUGAACCCCGGAAUCUGCAGUCAGAUCUGCAUCAACCUGAAGGGCGGGUAUAAGUGUGAAUGCCAUAACGGCUACCAGAUGGAUCCAACCACCGGAGUCUGCAAGGCAGUCGGUAAGGAGCCCUGCUUGAUCUUCACCAACCGCCGUGACAUCCGCCGUCUGGGUCUGGAGAGGAAGGAGUACACUCAGAUUGUGGAGCAGCAGAGGAACACGGUGGCUCUGGAUGCAGACUUCAAUCAGCAGAUGCUCUUCUGGGCCGACCUGGGCCAGAGGACCAUGUAUAGCACUGUGCUGGACAAACGAGGGGACGUCGGCACCCACAACAAAGUGAUCGACAACGUCCAGACUCCCGUGGGGAUCGCCGUGGACUGGAUCUAUAAAAACUUGUACUGGUCUGAUCUCAGCACCAAAGCCAUUUCUGUAGCCAACUUCAACGGCACCAAGCAGAAAGUUCUGUUCAACAGUGGCCUCAAAGAACCGGCAUCGAUCGCUGUGGAUCCGCUCUCUGGGUUUCUGUACUGGUCUGACUGGGGCGAGCCAGCCAAGAUUGAAAAGUCUGGUAUGAACGGAGUGGGCAGACAGGUUCUGGUGGCGACGGACAUCCAGUGGCCUAAUGGCAUCACCCUGGAUCUGAUCAAAGGCAGGUUGUACUGGGUCGACUCGAAGCUCCACAUGCUCUGUAGCGUCGACCUGAACGGAGACAACAGGAAGAAAGUACUCCAGUCUCCAGAAUACCUGGCUCAUCCCUUCGCUCUCACUGUGUUUGAGGAUCGAGUCUUCUGGACAGAUGGUGAGAAUAAAGCCAUCUACGGCGCAAACAAGUUCACGGGCGCUGACGUGGUGACGCUGGCCAGCAACCUGAAUGACCCCCAGGACAUCAUAGUGUACCAUGAGCUGAUCCAGCUGUCUGGCACUAACUGGUGCGCAGAGAGAGGUGAGAACGGAGGCUGUAGCUACAUGUGUCUGCCUGCACCGCAAAUCAACAAACACUCGCCCAGAUACACCUGUGUGUGUCCGGAGGGACAGGAGCUGGCUGCUGAUGGCCACCGCUGCAGACCUGAGGCAAACGUGAGCACGUCGAUCCAGGUGGACUCCACAGCCAGAGGGUCUGCUGCUGCCUGGGCCAUACUGCCAGUCUUGCUGCUGGUGAUGGCGGCGGGGGGUGGCUACCUGAUGUGGAGAAACUGGCAGCUGAGGAACCAGAAGAGCAUGAACUUUGACAACCCAGUCUACCUGAAGACCACAGAAGAAGACCUCAACAUCGACAUCACCCGGCACGGCGCCAACGUGGGUCACACCUACCCGGCGAUUUCAAUAGUGAGCACAGAGGAUGAUUUAUCAUGAUCGUCUUGGGGCUUUUUUGUUGGAUUUUUCUUUUUUUUUUUUUUCUUUUCCUUUUUUUUUUUUUUUACGGCAACCUGUAGCGUUGGAUGGCGCCACCUCGUUCUCAUGUCGACGUUUGUCCGUAGCUGCAGCAGCAGCCCUUACAGUCCGACCACAUGCCUUCUGAAGUGCAUUAUGUCAUCAUCUGUGGAGAGGAUGACUGGAGUAAAUGUUAUUUAUUAUGUGAAUACUACAAUGAAUUACGUGUCCAUAACUUUGAGGUUUUUGCCCCGCCCUCUCAAAGGAGUCCGACGCCAUCUUUUCACUACAGUUGAGAGUAACGCGGUGAAUUCCCACACUUUAGUCACCUCUUACUGAGCUUUCUGCAUUCAAGACGCGAUGUGUUUCUCUGCAAACGGAUCGACUCUGCUGGACUGCAUUUCAAACUGGAUCUGACCCGUCGGUAUCGGCCGUAGAGGGGUCAUUAUGAGGAAACUUAAUCCAAACUUUCUGUCUUGCUUCCUCUGAUCCAACAGGCUCAGAUGUGAUUAUUUAUGUACGGUCAGUAAUAUCAUAGAUAAAAGUUUUAUUUCUUUUUGUUUUAUUCUUUCCAACAGUACCUCAUGGAGUGCAUUCUUACAAGCUUUUCAGCCAGUGUUCAUAAUUAUUAUUGUUAUAGAAGCUGCGUAAGGAUCGCCAUGGUUAAAGCAUUUGUAAACUUUGUAUAUAUUUACCCGCCAUCCCUCAAAGACAUGACCGUCAAUCAGGACUCUCUUCAAUGCACUUUGUCAAAUGUUCCUUGUGUAAAUAAGAUUGUAUACAUUUGACUUGAAAUCAAUUUUUUGCUAUGGUCGGGCGUCGUACCGGGGUUAAAGAUGUAUUUAACAAGAGGGAAAAGGCUGGGAAUAAAACGACACAACUGAAUUUGGUAAAAAAUAACUAUUUUGUAUGUUUGUGUGCUGUUGCUGUGAACUUUUUCUAGCCUUGUACAGUGAGGGUGAUACUAUUAAAACUUCAACGCUCUGUAUCUGUGAAGAAACUGAUUUUGAAAAUCACUUGAAUUAAAACUUAAUCUACAAUGUUGUUCAAAA